UCCACACAAAAAAGAAAAAUCAGAGAGAAACAACAUCAUCACUCCCUAGAAAAUAACUAACUGUUGAAGGCGUCCAAAGUCCAACCUAGAAAGUCAUUAAUAAACAAACCUGGAAUUUCUGUCAGUAAAGAACAAGCCAAACCCCAUUUCUCUUUUCUUGUUUUUUGCCUUCUUGUUUCCUGGCCACUUAUUUUUUUAAUUAAUUUUAUUCUGCAUUUUUGGUUGGUGGAGAUUCUUAGUUAUGCUACUGCUAAAGCUACAGAGGAAGAUCUGAGAAGCAUAAUCUGGGGGUUGCGAUUAAUGGGAAACUGCUUUGGAUCAAAAUCAGUUAGUACAAGCCCUAGCACUAUCAACUCCAGCAACUUAACCAAGCCUUCUAGUGUUGGAACAUCAAAUUAUUACAGCAAUGGUGGUGGUCUUUCUGCCACAAGCAGCAGUGCUGGCCAAAGCCGAUUUUCGGCAGCAAUAAGCGAGGAACCUUUGUCGCCAGGUGAAAUAUUGCCCACUCCAAAUUUGAAGAUGUAUAGUUUUGCUGAUUUGAAGAGUGCCACAAGGAAUUUCCGGUCCGAUACAGUGUUGGGAGUGGGAGGUUUUGGGACUGUAUUUAAGGGAUGGGUUGAUGAAAAGACUCUUGCACCUGCUAAAUUUGGUAGUGGGAUGAUUGUUGCUAUUAAGAAACUAAAUCCUGAGAGUAUGCAAGGCUUUGAAGAAUGGCAGUCAGAAGUUAACUUCUUGGGAAGACUUUCACAUCCCAACUUAGUUAAGCUGUUAGGAUACUGUUGGGAAGAUAAAGAACUGCUGCUUGUGUAUGAAUUUAUGCAGAGGGGAAGCCUGGAAAACCAUCUUUUUAGGAGAAGCUCAGCUGUCGAACCACUCUCUUGGGAUACACGGUUGAAAAUUGCCAUAGGAGCAGCACGUGGCCUUGCUUUUCUGCAUUCUUCGGAAAAGCAAGUCAUUUAUAGGGACUUUAAGGCUUCUAAUAUAUUGCUUGACGGGAAUUAUAAUGCAAAAUUAGCUGAUUUUGGCUUAGCAAAACUGGGGCCUUCAGGUGGAAUGAGCCAUGUGACAACACGAGUUAUGGGCACAUAUGGUUAUGCUGCUCCUGAAUACAUUGCAACAGGUCAUUUAUACGUGAAGAGUGAUGUGUAUGGGUUUGGGGUUGUGCUGCUUGAAAUGCUGACAGGCCUAAGAGCACUAGAUACUAGAAGGCCUAGCGGGCAGCAUAAUUUGGUGGAUUAUGCAAAGCCGCUGAUUUCUCAUAAACGAAAGCUGAAGACCAUUAUGGAUGCUAGGAUUGAAGGGCAGUAUUCUUCGAAAGCAGCUUUGCAGGCUGCUCAACUUGCUCUAAGAUGCCUAGAAGCAGAGCCCAAAAAGAGGCCAUCCAUGAAAGAAGUGAUAGAAAUACUGGAACAGAUUGAGGCUAUCAAAGAGAAGCCCAAAGAAUCCAAAAGUGGGUCUGUCCGUUCUAAUUCCUCGCACUCUUCAUUUUCUCAUCGCGACCUUCUUUCCAGUCAUCGGCGAUCUCCCUAUCAUCCAAGCCACCAUGGGCCUGGGUUUGGAGCUGGAAGUUGACACUACAGUGCAAGGUGUCAAUUUGUCUGUUCUUACCUGAAAUGUGUAGCAGCAAAUUUUGAUCACUCACAACUUUUGUCAAUUUUUUUUCUGCCAUGUAGUCAAUUCUUUUUGCCAAUUUUGGUUUAUUCCUUCAUCUUUUGUUUUUAUAGUAGAGAAUGUGUUGUAAUGUGAGAAAAAGAAACCAUGAUUUUUUCUGUAUCGUGUGAUAGAAUGCCAGGUUAAUUGCAA